AGGUACUAGGUAUUACAUUUAUCAAAUAGAGUAAAUGUUAUACAGUAAUGGUGAUGGAGUCUAAAGAAGAUAAUUCUUGUAAUAUUUUAAAUGAUAAAUAUCAAACUCUGAUAGCUUGCUUUUCAAAAUGUAAAAUUGAAUUCCAAAACGAAAAGGAAGAAAGAAAAAAAUUAAGUGAAAUAAAUGCUAAAUUGGAAAUUGAACUAAAAGAAGCUCGCGAAUUGGAAAAGUCGCAUCGCUACCACUUAUUGUCAUGCCGAGAAAUGAUAGGAAAUCUUCAGGAAACUGUCUCACAGUUGGUGUAUUUAAAAAGAGAUGUUAAGAAAUUGAAAGACGAAUUAUGUUCCAAAAGCGCUGUUAUUGUUUCCAUGGAGAAGGACAAAGAGAACAUUUUACUGAAACACGCGGAAAAUGUGACCGUAUUAAAAGAAGGUCAUGAAAAACACAUUGAAGAGCUGACAGCCAUGAAUGAUAGAAAAAUUCAACAGGUUCAAUACGAAUCGGACACACAAGUGGCGCAGUUUUCCUGUGUUAUCGAAGAGCUAAGGAGCAAAAUAAAGGAAAUUGAAUCGGAACAUAGAGACAAAAUGAACGUAGUAGUGCUGGAGUAUGAAGAGAAACUCCAACGCGGUGCAGCACAGAUAGCUCAAAUGCAGGAACAGCUGGCGCGGCAAGCUGCGCGCACUGAGUCUAGCAUGGACGCCUAUCGCCGAAAAUUAGAAGAUCUAGAGGAAAAACUAAAGCAGAGCCAAUUUAAGGAAUAUUUGGCGCAGAAUACCUAUGCUUCACAAUAUGAGACCCAAGUUGAACGUCCUUAUUCGAUGGACAGAGAUCCGUACCCAAUAGAUUUUGAAACAAAUUUUGAACCAAUAAAGUCUCAAUUCAAUCCAAGUGUUAACCAUAAUAAACCAAAGUCAACUAAUACAUUGCAAGUUAUGUAUUACGGUAACAAACCACCAUGUGCCAAGGGUUCAGAUAAGAAGGGACAAUUCAAUAUUACCAAAAAGAGAAAACUUUACAACGAAAAAGACUUUCAGGACUGCUAAAGGUUCUUUUAAGGCUUUGUCUAAUAACAGCUUAUUAAACUUUAUUUAAUUGUACUUACACAGACAAAUUUUUCAUAAAUUACAUGGCAUGUUUAAU